AGAACAAAGCAGUCUUUAUAUACUGAGCUCAAUAAUAAUCUGAUCAUCCAUGCAACGAGUCCUGCAUAACCACUAAAUUAUAACGAGGUUGCUUGAGACAAAACGCACACCAUCCUGCACUGCAGUGACUGCAGCUUUGGACUGAAGGGGCGAGGGAACACUCGCGUGUGAGCGUGCGCGAGCGUUGUUUGGCGGGCACAUCAUCAUCCCGACCGAGAGGCAGGCAGCAGACCUCCCACAUCCUCCCCCGAACCACUGCAUCGUAUCUGCAGCCACUGCGACAGGCGUUAACGGACAGCACCAUGUGCAUUGCUCAGUGAAGCCAGUACCUUUUUAUAUGCAACGUGCUCGCAGGGUCUCACAGUAAACCACUGCUUUCGAGUCAUUUUGUCAAGGAUAACGAUGAGGCGUGACCGGGACAGAGACCGCGAUGAACGGUCGAGGGACAGGGACCGGGACCGAGCCCCAGACCGCGACUGGGACAGAGAUGUGAAGUCAUCCGGGGUCCCCAUCAACCCAGCUGCAGGCUUCCUUAAGCCAAACCCCGUUCAGCAGCAGAUCAACCCCUUCACCAACCUGCCCCACACUCCACGCUACUACGAGAUCCUGAAGAAGCGGCUGCAGCUGCCAGUCUUUGAGUACAGAGAGCGCUUCACUGACAUCCUGAUGCGUCACCAGUCGUUUGUGCUGGUGGGAGAGACGGGCUCCGGAAAAACCACACAGAUCCCUCAGUGGUGCGUGGACAUGGUGCGGUCGAUGCCGGGGACAAAGAGAGCCGUGGCCUGCACCCAGCCCAGGAGGGUGGCAGCCAUGAGCGUCGCCCAGAGGGUCGCUGAUGAGAUGGAUGUCAUGCUGGGCCAAGAGGUGGGCUACUCCAUCAGGUUCGAGGACUGCAGCUCUGCCAAGACCGUACUCAAGUACAUGACCGAUGGAAUGUUGCUGCGGGAGGCCAUGAAUGACCCUCUGCUGGAGCGCUACGGUGUCAUCAUCUUGGACGAGGCACACGAACGCACAUUAGCUACAGAUAUCCUCAUGGGAGUCCUCAAGGAGGUGGUCCGCCAGAGGGCUGACCUCAAGGUGAUCGUGAUGAGCGCCACGCUCGACGCCGGCAAGUUCCAGGUGUACUUUGACAGAUGCCCGCUGCUCACCAUCCCCGGACGCACGCACCCCGUGGAGAUCUUCUACACGCCCGAACCAGAGCGGGACUACCUGGAGGCCGCCAUCCGCACGGUGGUCCAGAUCCACAUGUGUGAGGUGGACGAAGGGGACGUUCUGCUCUUCCUCACUGGACAAGAGGAAAUUGAUGAAGCCUGCAAGCGGAUCAAGAGGGAGGUCGACGACCUGGGCCCCGAAGUCGGCGACAUUAAGAUCAUCCCGCUGUACUCCACGCUGCCUCCACAGCAGCAGCAGAGGAUCUUUGAGCCGCCCCCACCCAACAAACCAAGCGGUGCCAUCGGAAGGAAGGUUGUCGUGUCGACGAACAUCGCCGAGACGUCGCUGACCAUCGACGGCGUGGUGUUUGUAAUUGAUCCCGGAUUUGCCAAGCAAAAGGUGUAUAAUCCACGCAUCAGAGUGGAAUCCCUUCUGGUUACGGCCAUCAGCAAGGCCUCGGCCCAGCAGAGGGCAGGUCGUGCUGGACGGACACGCCCAGGAAAGUGUUUCCGCCUUUACACAGAGAAAGCCUACAAGACAGAAAUGCAGGACAACACGUAUCCAGAGAUUCUGAGGUCCAAUCUGGGCUCUGUGGUGCUGCAGCUGAAGAAAUUGGGUAUUGACGACCUGGUGCACUUUGACUUCAUGGACCCACCAGCCCCAGAGACCCUGAUGCGAGCCCUGGAGCUGCUGAACUACCUGGCGGCGCUCAAUGACGACGGUGACCUGACGGAGCUGGGCUCCAUGAUGGCGGAGUUCCCGCUGGACCCCCAGCUGGCCAAGAUGGUCAUCGCCAGCUGCGAAUUCAACUGCUCCAACGAGAUCCUCUCCGUCACUGCCAUGUUGUCAGUCCCACAGUGCUUCGUCCGACCCACGGAGGCUAAGAAGGUAGCCGACGAGUCCAAGAUGCGCUUCGCCCACAUCGACGGAGACCACAUGACGCUGCUCAACGUCUACCACGCCUUCAAGCAAAACCACGACUCCACCCAGUGGUGCUACGAGAACUUCGUCAACUACCGCUCGCUGAUGUCGGCGGACAACGUGCGCCAGCAGCUGUCCAGGAUCAUGGACCGCUUCAACCUGCCGCGGCGGAGCACCGAGUUCAACAGCAGAGACUACUACACCAACAUCCGCCGCGCGCUGGUCACUGGCUUCUUCAUGCAGAUCGCUCACCUGGAACGCACCGGCCAUUACCUGACGGUGAAGGACAACCAAGUCGUUCAGCUGCACCCCUCCACCGUGCUGGACCACAAGCCCGAGUGGGUGCUCUACAACGAGUUUGUGCUCACGACCAAGAAUUACAUCCGCACGUGCACCGAUAUCAAGCCAGAAUGGCUGGUGAAGAUUGCCCCGCAGUACUACGAGAUGGGUAACUUCCCCCAGUGUGAAGCAAAGAGACAGUUGGAGCGUAUUGUUGCGAAGGUCUCAUCAAAGGAAUUCACUCAGUACUAAGGAAGGUUCGCAUGUGCUGCAACGGCAUCCUCGGUAUCCGUACGAAGUAAAGACCUGGAACUCCUUUUUUAAAUUCCACCAACAACCUAGUUUUGAAUUCUGGUUUGUUUUUUUUGUCAUGCUGUGUGUGCGCGUGUGUGAUGUAUUUCAUGACGACUGAUGAAAUGUGUCCUUUGAGGGCCACCGUGUGUCAUUUCUUUGCAAAGCCCAGAGGGUUAAGCACUACCAGAAAUGGACUGUAGAUGACUGUUUUUCAGGAAUUUGGUUAAUAACUAAAUUCCUGAAAAACAUUGUUUUAAAGCAUAUGUCAUGUUAAUUUCAGCAUUCCUCCUAAAUACAUCCAUACUAUAAGUCAUAGCUCGGGAUUCUUGUUGCUUCUACUGCUCUUUGAUUGAAUAUAAUUUAUACUGUUUUGAUGCGGGCAUAAUGUAUUGUCCUCUUGUCAUGGAGAUACUAAGAGGGGCACUUUGGUCACAUUUCCUGUCGCUGUUCAGCUUAAUAAAAAUGACUUUGUAAUAAA